AUGCAUCCCGAUACUCAGUUGCAGAGUGCUGUCAAAGAUGGCUUCGAUCCAAAGAGCCUCUACAGUGCGGAGUUGACAAAUGUCAAUGAGCCAGCUAGAAGAAUUCUUGAGCUGUACAGCAAAAUCCCCGCCGACGAUAUUCUGCAGCACGUCAAAGACUUGAAAGAUCGAGCAUUUGCAGUUUUCCCUUAUGCCUGUAUUGGGCAAGCUUCAUUCCUCGACCUGAGCAUUGCGUCGUCACCAUGUUAUCCAGAGAUGCUCGAGCGUGUUAAAAAUGGUGAUAGGCUACUUGACUUGGGAUGUGCCUUUGGACAGGAACUCCGGCAAUUGAUUUUCGAUGGCGCCCCAUCACAGAACUUGUAUGGAUCAGAUCUCCGCCCGGAGUUCCUUGAGCUCGGGCUUGACCUAUUUGUUGAUCGCGCGACGAUCAAGUCCCACUUCAUCGAUGCGGACGUACUCGAUGAUAAAUCAGCUCUUGUCACUCAGCUGACUGGAGAGCUCAACAUUGUCUAUAUCUCACUUUUCCUUCAUGUCUUCGACUUUGAUACACAAAUCAGAGUCGCCAAGCGUGUCCUCGAUUUGCUUGCCCCCAAGCCUGGAUCGCUCAUCGUGUGUCGAGUUGUGGCGUGUCGGGACCAAGCGAUAGGUAAUGCUACAAACGCGCGCUUGCCUUACUACUACCACGAUUUGGCCAGUUGGAACCGACUGUGGGAGCGUGUUCAGGAGGAGACUGGAUUGAAGUUGAAAGUCGAUAGUUGGGAGCAGGAUGAUGCUUUGGCGAAGAAGCACCCCCUGGCAGGCAUCUAUAUGCUUGGUUCAUCGAUCCGUCGUGAGUAG